AUGAAUAUAGUGUUUCUUGGGCUAAUUAAUCCGCCUCAAGAGCAGCGAGGCUACAACUUCAGGUCACCCACCCCGGGCCACUCAAGCCGAGAUCGGGACGUGAGCCCGGGGCGAGCCGAGGCGCAUUCCGAGCCGAGGUCACCGAACCGAAGUUACGGGGCGCGGGCCGGUUACCGGAAAGUGUCCCCUGGGCGCGAGAAGGCCGGCGGGGGCAGUGAUGCCGCUGGCGGGAGGUCCCCGGAGCGUGUAGGCCGCGCACGGCUCUUCUCGGCGGGCGGGCAAAAUGGGCGCCGGCGAGCAGGAGGCGCCGGCCCGGCCGUACGCCCGUUCCUCACACACCACGUCCGCCCGCGGCCCGACAGCGCCGCCUCCCUGCCGCCCCCCGAGCCCGGCCCCACGUCCUGCCCGCGGCCGGCCACCGCCCUCCGCCCCGACGGCCACGCCUGCCUCAACCGGCGCGGGCGUUUCCCAGGUGCCGCUGGGCCGGCCCCGCCCCCGCGUCCCAAGCUCCUCCCCCGCGCGCCCGCCCGCCCUGCCCCACGCCCCAGGCCCCGCCUCGCCCCAAGCCCCGCCCCCGCCCUCCCGCCCGCCCACUCGCACCCCAGGCCCGGCUCCCACGUCCCAAGCUCCGCCCCCAUGCCCCGCCCCACGCCCGGCCCCCACGUCCCAAGCUCCGCCCCCGCGCGCCCACCCGCCCCGUCCCUCGCCCCAGGCCCCGACUCCGCGUCCCAAGCCCCGCCUCCACGUCCCAAGCUCCGCCCCCGCGAGCCCGCCCACUCCGCGCCCCAGGCCCUGCUCCCACGUCCCCAGCUCCGCCCCCGCGCGCCCCGCCCCGCCCCGCGCCCCAGGCCCCGCCCCCCGCGGAACCCGCCCGGCUGA